UAAAGUUCAUCAGAGUUCGAUUAUCAUCUGCUGUUUUUGAAUUAGACGACCGAGAAGGGAGAUGGGUAGAAUGUUGUUACUUCUUCUGCUUGCCGCAGUCUUUCUAAAGGCAUCAAAUGGACAAUCACAGCCACAACAAACUAUGGAUCAACUAAUCGCAAAUGCUGCUGAAUCGAGCACAGCGAUGGACUUCGUCCAAGGCAACGAUGAUGUGUUGGUUGAACUGGACAUCAAGUACAAAAACGAUGAAUGGCAAUGGAUACAAGAAAAUGGCCUUUACGAAGACGAUGACUUGGAUACUGGGAAGCGGAACGUGCGCACCAAGCGGAAAGCAAUACACAACAAACGAUGGACGAAUAAAGCAGUCCCUUACAUUAUCUCAAACACGUUCUCAUAUAGCAAUCGACAGACUGUCAUGGCGGCCUUCAAUGAAUAUCAUAAGCACACGUGCAUACGAUUCAGGCAGGCUACCCGUAGAGACAGGAACAGGAUUGUCAUCCAAAAUGGCGGUGGUUGCUCAUCAUAUGUCGGGAUGUCAGGUGGUUCGCAGAGUGUGUCGCUAGCUCGAGGCUGCCGAGUUAAAGGCAUCGUCAUCCACGAGCUGGGCCACGCGGUCGGCAUGCACCACGAGCAGACCAGGCCUGACCGCGACCAGUACGUGACCAUCAUGCGCCAAAACAUACCUCCCGGGGUACUCUUUAACUUCCAAAGAUACUCUUGGAGUGUGAUCAAGAAUCUCGGGGUACCCUAUGACUACACCAGCGUCAUGCACUACGGUGGUACGGCAUUCAGCUACAACGGACGACCAACAAUCAUUGCCAAGGAUAGACGCUACCAAAAUAAAAUGGGCAAUAGACAAGGGUUCAGCUUUCGAGAUGUCAAGACACUUAAUAUCAUGUAUUCCUGCAAUGCGCCUUGCAGAAAAAAACUGAAUUGCCCUGGCGAAGGAUUCCAAGGAAAGGAUUGCAAAUGUUAUUGCCCGAGUAGCAGUUCCUCUAAUCCUGUUAAGUUAUGUGGAACUGGUGGGACAGGAACUGGAGGCGGAACCGGUGGAGGAACUGGGACUGGAGGCGGAGGAACUGGGACUGGCGGCGGAGGAACUGGGACUGGCGGCGGAACUGGAACAGGUGGAGGAACUGGAUCGGGUUGCAAAGACAAAAACCGUGACUGCGCUUCCUGGGCAGGACGAAGAUACUGUACUACUGGUCGUUACACUGUCUACAUGAGAACUAAUUGCAAGAAAAGUUGUCGUCUUUGCGGCGGUGGCGGCGGUGGCGGAGGGGGUACAACAGGCUCCUCUUGUUUCGAUAUGAACGGUAACUGCAGAUCAUGGAGUACGAGGGGUGAAUGUCGACGCAACCCCAGGUAUAUGUUGACCUACUGCAAGAAGUCAUGUAACGUGUGUAGAUCGGGACAUGCCUACGCCCUUGCUACCAGCCAACGCCCCAGGGGAUCGGGGUGCGCGGAUAAGAGUACCCAGGCUUCCUUGUGCCCUGGCUGGGCCAGGAUUGGAGAGUGUACAAGGAAUCCAGUUUACAUGCAUCUCUAUUGUAAGCGUUCGUGCGGGAUGUGUACUAGCGGUUAGAAAAAGUAUAAACCAGAUAUGUUCUUAAAAUUAUAUUCGUACAUGUAGUCUUGAAAUCGCGUAUUAUGCAUGAAUCGAUUCAAGAGAAGACGUUAAACAAGAAUAAAAGAGUAAGCCAAAGUCGAAAAGGUGUGU